AAACCACGCACGCAGACUCAAGCAGUGCUUCAGAAAUGGCGGCCGAUAGUGGCAGCUCUUCGCUGCAGCUACCCUGCGUUUUUUCACCCAAAUCACGACAGUACUUAGCAUUGUGUGCCCAAGAUGGCAGACUUCGCAUUUGGAACACAGAUAGUAAAACACUUCAUCAAGAAUAUGUGCCUUCAGCCCAUUUGAGUGCCACUUGUAUCUGCAUAGCCUGGGGACCAUGCCGGAUAGUCAAGGAGGGACCUCAGAGGAAGAAGAGGAAAUCGGAGGCAGGGCAGGUGGAGGAGAAGGCAGACCUGUUGGCAAUGGGCACGGCGGCGGGUAGCGUGCUUAUCUACAGUACAGCAAAGGGAGCCCUGCACUGUACCCUGGAUGGAGGCCAUAGUGGGGGAGUAAAUUGUGUUCAGUGGCACCCUGAAGACACUUUAUUGUACAGCGGCUCAGAUGAUACAAACAUUGUAGAGUGGGACCUGCAGACGGGCAAGGCGAGGAGUAAGUGGAAGGCGGACCGUGCAGCAGUGACCAGUCUGUGUGUGAGCCCUGAUGGCAAACUCCUGCUUUCAGCUGGUCAGAUUAUUAAGAUGUGGGACUUGGACACCAAGGAGGUUUACAGGAAGUUCACAGGCCACUCCACGGCUGUGACGACCCUGCGCUUUGCCACCACGCGACCCCCCGACAGCAAUGGUCUCUAUUUCCUGUCUGGUGCUGCACACGAUCGGCUUCUCAGUGUUUGGCAAGUACGAGAGGACGGAAAGGACAAGAACUCAGUGGUUUCCUUCACACUGACGGACGAGCCACAACACAUUGACCUCGUCACGUCCAACAGCAAGGAAGAGGCGUUGAGGCUGGCAGUGGUGUGUAAAGAUGGGCAGCUGCAUCUCUUUGAGCACUUUUUAAAUGGGCCCUGUAAGAAGCCCUUGUCACCUUCGUGUACGGUGCAGAUGUCCGACACAAAGGACUCCCCAGUGCCCAUCCCACUGCUGGCUGCUGCCCUCGGAGUUGAUACACGGACUGUGAUGCUGGCCUACGGCAACCACCUACAGCCGGUCAUGGAGAAAGUGGAGAUCAACACAGCAGAGAGACACAUCUGUUUGACCCGGGAUGUUCAGACCAGCUUGUCCCUUUCCAUGGAAACCGCUGUUUCCAAGGUGAAAACUCCAAUUGUCAACACCAAGAGCAGAGUGUUGGUCCCAGGGCUCCCUGGUCAUCAAGCCCCAGUCAAGGGAGCCUCACAGGGAUCAGAGAAGAGGAAAAAAGACACAGACACCAAAGAGAUGUCGAUAGCGGAGCGACUAGGUGAAAUUGAUCUGUCUUCAGUCUCCAUCGAGAAGGGAGCCCCUAAAGGGACAGCCUCUUUGCAGACGGACAAUUUUGCAGUGCUGCUGGUGCAGGGCCUGGAGAGCAGCGAUGCAAGCAUCCUAAAUAAAGUUUUUCAGACCCGUAAAGAGAUGGUGAUAAAGAAAACAGUGGCUCGGUUACCCCUUCCUGCUGUUUUACCUUUGGUGGAAGAGAUCACAAAGAGACUCCAAGGGCAUCCUUUUACGGCAGUUUUAAUGGUACGGUGGCUCAAGGCUGUACUCAUGCACCACACAUCAUACCUGGCAUCGCUGCCAGACCUGGUUACCCAGUUAGGAGUCCUUUAUCACAUGAUUGAGAGCAGAGUGAAGAUGUUCCACAAGCUAACAAAGCUGCAUGGGAAACUGUAUCUCCUAAUGACACAGGUGGCGACAAGUGACAGCAGCAACAAAGUUACAGAUGUUGACCACACCGCUAAGCUGGUGUAUGAAGAGGAAUCAUCUGAGGAAGACGAGGCGUCUGGUGAUGAAGGUCUUCCUGAUGACGACUCUGAUAACUGGGAAGAGGAGGAGGCGAUGGAAGAAGAGAAGGAAGAAAAAGCAGACGAGGAAGAGGAUGAUCCAGAAAGCAGAACAGAUUCCAAAGCUAACGGAGAGGAAGACAUGGAGCACGGAAACGAGAGCGAAGAGGAAUGAGGAGAAAUGCCAAUCAUACAUUAAAUGGACCUGAAAGAGUUAUAUAUACUUUCAUUUUAUUUUCAUGCCUUUGAUUUUAUUAUCAGAACAAAGUAUGGUUUUACAAAAUCAAGGGACACAUGUUGUUGAAACGUGGGCAGCUUGGCACCCUGCCUCGCCACCACACCGUUCAGCCACAAGGGCGGUGCUGUAACGCCAUCCUUUCUCCCCGUCUGAGGAACAGAUGCAACAUUUUGGGGAGAAAGGUAAAAUGAAACUAACAAAGUUCCCCUUUGUGCUGUCAGUUCAGUCUGCAUCCCAGCUCUAUAGCCUGAUGAGUUUGCAUUGAAAAUGACUGAAAAGAUAAUAUGGUGGUGCUCCAGUUUACCUACACUUCAGUCUGCAUUCCAAAUUGUAUGUCCCUGUAAUAAAUAGUAUUAGAGUAUAUUCUAUGAUCAGUUAACAGUAGACGAGACAGCACUCUGUCUGUGAUUGGUUUACCCAACUCUGUAGGUCACCUGGAACGCACCUAGUUGUCCAGCGGAGCCCACCGGCGCAAACGCAGUGCAUGUGUGGAGUUGGGAUGCAGCCCCCCCCCCCGGCUGUAUGUUGUACAGAAUACUGCUCGAUCCAGAAGUGAGCUUGUGACCAUACAUCAUGUCCCCACACAAUGUAAAUCUGUAUGUACAGUGAAGUGUUUGUAUGAGCUCUUCCCUCUACAGCUACCCCCCACAAAUCCUUGGGAUUAAACGAACUCCUGUAAAGUC